GGGAAGGGGCUGGGACGGGCGCCACCUACCGGCCGAGAGUGGGGAUUGCAGGAUGUGGGAGGGGAAGGGCGGGGAUUGUAGGGACUGAGCCCCGCUAUGUGGGGACAGGGAUGGGGACUGGUCUAUAGGGGAGCAUUCUACAGGGGCAGGCAGAGGCCCACCCCCGGCACAGGGAAGGGAAGGGAUUGAGCCCAGCCUCACGGACAUAGGGAGAGGGAGGGCAUUCUGCAGGGGUUGAGUCCCGUUCCCUGAGCACAGGAAGGGGAUUCUAUAGGGGAGGGGAUAGUAUAGCGGCUGAGCCCCACUUCCGGGGGACAGGAAAAAGGAGAGGGAAUUCUAUAAGGGAUGGGGAUUCCAUAGGGGCUGAUCCCAACCUCCUGGGCACGGUGGUGGUGGUGGGGGAUUUAUAUGUGCUGGGCUUUGCUCCCCGAGCAGAGCGAAGAGGAAUUCUGCAGGGACUGAAUCGUGCCCCUCAGGAAAGAGGAGGGGGAGGGAAUUUUAUAAGGGACAGGAUUCCAUGGGGGCAGAACCCCACCCCCAGCACACGUAUGGGGGAUUCUGCAGUGGAUGGGCGUGGGAGCAGUGAGACAGUGUGAGGAUGGCACUGGGGAUGCCCGUGGAGUGGGAGCCAACGUGGGGGGCAGAGGUUUCGCCCAGGCACAGGGAUCGGUCCCCUCAGUGCGGGGGCCCUCUGUGCUGCAUGGGGUACAGUCGCUCCCAACACCCCCUCUCCAUCAGGGUAACGGGAGGCUGCAGGGAGCGCACCGCUCGGUGUUAGAACUGGGCGGUGCAUUGAUGGGGAAUAGCAGAGACCUGGGGCAGUUCAGUGUAUCGCAAACGCCCCCUUAUAGCUCAGCUCCCCGACUCCCUCCUGGGUUGGGGACUCGAGAGUCGCGUUGGGGGUGUGAGAACUGGGGCUGCUAAUAACAUCGGAGCCCCCUUAUAUCCCAACCUUCUACCCCAUAUAUCCCCGAUGCCCCUCAUAUCCCAGUCCCUGCCUUGAGUCCCCGCUCCGCUCUCCAGAGCUGGGGAGGGGACUCAGAGUCGCGGGGGGCGACAGAUGAGACCCGGGGGGUGACCCCAUCUCCUCCCCCCUACGCUGCAGAAAUAGAGCGCGGCCCCUUUAAAUUUACCCAGGAGCCCUUAAAGGAGCCCCAGGGGCCCCAGACAGGAAUCCCCACCCCGGUCGGAGCAGCCUGGCUCGGCCGCAGCCGCCGUUCGGAACCCGGGAGCCCCCUCCCCGCGCGGGCAGGGCUCUGCUGUAGCCCCGAGCCUGCCCCGCGGCCCCGGCGCGGAUGGACAGGCGGCCGGAGGGGGGCGGGUGCUGACGGACGCACGGACACAGGGAUGGAGCCGCCUCCCUCCCCUCCCCCCCGCCGCCCCGUCAAACGGGAGCCCCUGGACCCGGAGGCAGGGGAAUCCCCAAGCCAGGACAACUCCGGCAGCACCGAGGCCCCUGAGUUGAUGCUAGGGGGGUCCCUGUCAUGGGGGACCCCCAAGGAUCACCCCCUGAUGGCCUCAGGGGGGCGAAAGUACUCAGAUCACUGUGAAGAGCGGGCAUCUCGGCCUGGGAAGAGCCGCAUCCCCGGGCGGGACCAUCGGCGCUAUUAUCACGAGCACUGGCGGGCUGAGUACCUGAUGGACUUCAACCCAGCACGGCAUGGCAUGAUCUGCAUGGUGUGUGGCAGCGCCCUGGCCACCCUCAAGCUGAGCACCAUCAAGCGUCACAUCCGCCAGAAGCACCCCUACUCAGGGGGCUGGGGCCCCCGCGAGAAGCAGGUCAUCAUCCAGAGCUGGGACGCCCAUCUCGGUCUGGACGGGGAGUCUGAGGGGCACGGAGACCCCGCCCAGGCACCUGACAGCUUGCAGGGAGCACAAGGGACGCUGUUGGCAGGGGGUGGGUUACGGCGUCGGCGCCGUGCCCCAUGCCCAUCCCCACGGGGGGCUGCCCGGCGGCCGGCGGUCGGGGGGAGGAAGGCAUCGCCCAGCGCCCGCCGGCUGGAGCGCUACGUGCGUGAGUCCCUGCAGAGCUGGUUCCAGGCCGAGUUCCUCAUGGAUUACGAUGCCCAGGGCAACCGGCUGCGCUGUAUGAUGUGUGGGCGUGGGCUGCCCAGCCUCAACCUGGACGACAUCAAGCGCCACGUGCUGCAGGCUCACCCCGCCUCGCUCGCCUUCAGCCCUGCUGAGAAGGGCGCCAUCCUGGAGGCCUGGAACUCCCGCGCCCUGGUGCUGGCCACUGGCAAGGGCUGGGCGCCGCAGGGGGAGCACCCUGCAGAGCCCGAUGCCCCCUCCCCUGGGGACCUUAGCGGUGAGGCCCCUGAGCCAUGUUCGGCAAUGGCUGCCCCAGAGCCAGAGGAGAGCAGCUCUCUGGGGAGCUGGGCCAAGGAGGAGCCUGUGGCGCCAUGGGAGCUGGAUGCGGGGGGGCCACUGCGGGGUAAGGACCAUCGGCGCCAUUUCCAGGAGCACUGGCGGCUGGAGUACCUGAUGGACUACCAUGGCGAGCGGCAUGGGCUGGUGUGCAUGGUGUGUGGGGGAGCACUGGCCACCCUCAAGAUGAGCACCAUCAAACGCCACAUCCGCCAGCGGCACCCUGACUCCACCCUGCUCAGCCACCAGGUCAAAGCCCUGAUCGUGGAGGAGUGGAACCGCAAGGUCGCCCAGCUGGUGGAGAUGGGGGCACCCCUGCCAGAGCAGGCCUCAGGAGACUCCCAGAAUCCUUUGCAACCAUCAAGCCCCGAGGAGCUGGAUGAGGAUGUGCAGCUGCUUGCAGAGGGGGAGGAGGAAGAGGAGGAUGAGUGUGUGGUGGUGGUGGGGACGCCCCCAUCCACCCCACAGAGCCCCCCUGACCCCACAGCUGGCCCCCCGCUGGGCCCGGCACCUGCACCGCGGCGGGAGCAGCGGCGGAACUACCAGCUGCAUUGGCGCGUGGAGUACCUGAUGGACUACGACGGCAGGCGGCACGGUCUGGUGUGCAUGGUGUGCGGGGGGGCGCUUGCCACCCUCAAGGUGAGCACCAUCAAGCGCCACAUCCUGCAGGUGCAUCCCUUCUCCUUGGACUUCACCCCAGAGGAGCGGCAGACCAUCCUGGAGGCCUACAAUGAGACCGCCCUGCGCUAUGAGCCUGCCCUAGGGGAGGAGUCUGAGGUUAAGCCCCACCCCUUUCUCCAGGCCACUCCUGCUGGUGGGGAAGAGGCAGAGUUGGCCUGUGCCCCACCCACCAGCACAGCAUAGUUGAUGGACAGGACUCCAUCUUGACUCUUGGGAGCAGGGGUGGGGGGUCCAGGCUAUGGACAGACACCCCUUGCUCAGGGGGCUCGUUUGGGAGCAGGAUAGGGGGUUCUGCACCCACCCAUGCUACGGACAUUGCCCCAGGAACUACACAGCACCUUCCCCCACCCCCACGCAUCUGGUCCUCACGCACUGAUACUCCAUGGCCCAAGCUUGGGGGUGGGGGAAGGGCCUCACACGGCCCCCUGUAGCUUUUAAUCCCCCCACCAUCCGAGCUGGGGUGGCACAGAAAUGGGGUUGUUGGGGCUGGGGGCGCAUGGGGCUGGAACCCAGCUGCUCAGCGAGCCAGUGGAGAGGGCAUUUGCAAGACAUGGGGGUGCGGGAAAGGGAUGGAAUCAUCUCCCUGCCCGGGGCAGGCACUAGUGAGCACAGGGGCAGCUGCUCUAUUUAAGGGGCCAGUUCCAGACCCCUCCUGGGACUCUUCCUGGCCCCCAGGGUAGCUGGUUUGAAAAGCUGCUGCUGCCAAAUCCCAGCCUCCCCCAGUUCCCGUCUGGCCUCUGAAUGGGGCCUAUCUCUUCCUGUCCCCCAGCCCCAGCUGCAGGGUUUCACUCCAGCAGCCUCUUCCUGGCACAGGAGCAGGCUGGAAUCCAUGUCCCUCGGAGCUAAUUGGAUGUAACCCCAAUGCUUCCUUUCCCCCACCCACUCCAGGGAAAGUGCCACCCUCUGUGGAGAGUCUAGACUGGCCUUUGCAGUUGUGUGUAUUACCUUAAUUAGCUGCCAGAGUCACCGCACCUCAUCUAGAUGCAACAUCCUAAGAACCUUCCUUGGGCUGAAGUUAAACUGACUCUCCCCCGCCAGCACCAGGGGGCCCUGGUAAGUAACCCCUGCCCCCCGCUAAAUGCCAAGCAGUGCCGCUUACGCGAGCCAGGCGAGGCCUCGGCCCCCAUCGCGCGUGGAUGGCUGCCCAACUGGAACGCAGCGUUUUGCACUCACUUCCAGCCGGUGUAAAAUGGGGAAGCAGGGUCCCUGCCUUGAGCCAUGCGGGCUGGAAUUUCAAGCGCUGGAGCAAGGCUGCGGCUGGGGGCCUCAGAUGGGGAUAAGGGGGUCAAGGCUGGGCCGCAGCUGGGGGUGGGACUGGGGGCAGGAGCAGAGCCACAGCUGGGCCAUGGUGGGGGCCAGUAGCCGGGCCCCUGGCUGGGGUCGGGGCUGGAAGCUGGAGCUGUGGCUGGGGGUGGAGAAGAGCUGGGGGCAGGGUGGGGCUGGGUGACACUUCCUCCCUACCCCCUGUUGGGGCUGGCCUGGGCCUGCUGCACCGCCCAAACGUGCCUCCUUGCCCCCAUGGGGUGGGCGCACCCCACAGUUUGGGGACCUCUGCCCUAUGGGAAGCUAAGAUACUUCUGAUUCCACCAUCAGCUCGUGGUAGGGGGAGCUGCCACGCAAAGACAGUCAGUAGUAUGAGCUGAGAUCCGCACUCUUUGCUACCAUCUCAAAUCUACAGAUGGGAAAACUGAGGCCAAGAGCAGCUUAGGGACUUGCUCAAGGUCCCCGAGAAGGUGUGGGGCAGAGCAGGGAAUUGAACCCAGGUCUCCUACUGACCAGUGCUCUAACCACUAGGCCCAUCUUAUGCAUGGGGGAGCAGAUGUCUCUCUGUGCUAGUUCCCCAGAAACAUCUUAGCUCGGUGGUCUCCCAGAUGCCGAUUUGAUGGGGCAGAGCAGCAACUCCUGUGAAUCAGCAUAGCUCCUGCUGGCUUCCACGCAGCUGAUCUCAGGUCAGUGCUGGAUCUGCCCCAGGUGCCCGCGCCCCCCACUGCCAGCUAGGAAAGGAUGCGUCCUUCUCUGCUCCGGCUGCCAGGCUUCACAAGGGUCCUGUCCUAAGCUCCCAGCUGCCCCGUGUGUGACCAAUAGCCCUGUAGCCCUCCACCAUGCAGGGGCAGCAUCUGUUGAGUGGCAGCGAUCCCUCCCCUUUGUUCUUUGUUCUGUACUAGCCCCCCUCUCCCCAGUGAUGGGGGUGGGGAUUGAUGUAAGUGCCUGGGGCACUCCUGCAUGCCUCUGUCUCUAAUGUGGGCUGGCAAGGGGAUACUGAGCUAGAUGGGCCUAUUGUUGUAAUGUGGGGGGGAAGAGGGGGACCCUGGCUGCGAUGGGCCCUUUGGGCUGAGCUGGGGCAGGGAGGCGUGGCCCGAUAGGGUCAUUAGUCUGAUGCAGGGUGAAAGCUCUUGGCAAACCCUUGGCAGUCUGGAGCAGCUGGACCCUGACUGCCACAGAGAGACAAGGGCAACGCUGCCACCCCCUCGCCUGCCCGCCAAGGCUGCUUCUGCUGGCGGCAGAGAAUGUGAUGCUGCUAUACGCUGAGCACACUGGGGCCUGUUCUAACUGCUGCUUUGCAAACACUAGCAAAUGUGCCCCUCCCUGCUGCAUUCAGGGACAGUGUUAAGUGGCUCCCAUUUUACAAGGGGGAAACUGAGACAUGGAGGGGCUUUCUGGAAGAUGGCCCAGCCUUGCAACUCCAGGGGCUGGGAGAUCCAAUGGAGACAAAUCCACCGGCAACCACUUGUUACUUGUACCCUUGCUCCUAGCCUGCUCUGAGCAGGGUUACUGAGCCAGCUGCUGAUCUACACUAGUGCACCCUCCCUCCUUAGCAAAGGGGUAGAGAGUUACCCUAGAGCAUGUGUGGGAGCCCUGGGAUUACACCACCAACCCCUUUCUGCUGCCCCUCUCACUUCUCCUCCAAGGCACUGGGGCCAUUCAGUUUUGCUCAUGCUGCUCUAACCAUCCAUAUUUGGAAAUCUUUCAGUGCUUCCCCACCCAUGUGUCAUCUCUAGGCUGGGGGAGGAGGGGGGACUCCCCUUCUGCUCUCUCAGACAUAGCAGCUGGCCCCUUGUGCUGGGGCAGCUCUGCUCAUGUGCGCCCAGGCUCCAAAGUGAUGGGUUUUUAAGCAGGCCUCCUCUUCAGAGUGCACCAGGACAGCCCCCUUUGGGGCUCCAUCUCCGAGCAGCUGCAUGAAUUAGGGUGCUAACCUCAGACUUGGGAGACCUGGGUUCAUUCCCAGCUCCCCCAUAAGCUUCCUGGGGGAAGUCACUUAGACUCAGUGCCCCUCUCUCUACAAUGGGGCCAAUAGCACUGCUCUGCCAGAAUGGGGGGGAGGAGGGAUGAUAAAUGCAUUAAAGAUUUGGGGGUGGCUCAGAUCCAGUGGUACUUUAGAUGAAAGGUUCCAGCUGAUGGGCUGUAGGGUUGGAUGGAUAUUUGAGGGUAGAUAGGUCCCACUGGUCUGAUCUGGGAGCAUGGGGGUGGGGGGGGAGGGGGGGGAGACAGCCUAGCUGGGCCCAUUGCUCUCAGAUAGGGAAGAUGCUGGGGGAUGGGAGGGGCUCGACAGGCCUCUGGUUCUGAUCCAUGCUGCAUAAUCUAGACAAAAAAGAUGCUUAGAUGUUACAGCAGAGUUACUUUAGCAUGGCUGGAGGGGAGUGGGGGGCGGGGGGAGUGAACUGGGGAUAGAAGCAAGGCCUCAUUCUACCCCAAGGAGAAACCCAGCUCAGGCUGUGACACUGGAAGGGGGCAGAGUUGGCAAGUUAUUAUCUAGAGCCCAUCAUGCAGGGCUGGAUCAGCUGCUAAACACCCCCCCCCAAAAAAAAAAAGAAAAAGAAAAAGGGAGAAAUAGUGCCCUAUUGCAGGGGACACUCCUGUAAGCUGUGAAGAGUGGAAACCCAGCCAUAGUGAGGGGUAGUGCAGAAUUCCCUACAGCUGAGCGCUCCUCUCCCCACCCAGCUCUCAGCUGAGAAGGGGCAGGUUUUCCUCCUCCCAGCCCAGCUGUGCUGCAGCCCAGAGGUGGCAGUGGGAAAACGGGGAGUCUGAUGCAAAUCUAACAGCACUACCAUGAGCCUUGCUUUUACUGCCCCAUGGCAAGCCCCUCCUUUCAAGGCUAGCUUUGGGGCUCCAGCCAGUACUGUUGCCCCUGCCUGAGCUAUUAAGAGCUAGGUGUAGUGAUGGGAAGGCAGGAGCAUCAGGCAGCUGGUAGAAAUACCCAUGGGUGCCUUUGCAGGAGAGACCCAGCUCCCUGCAUUCUAGACUGAAUGGCUCUUUCCUGCAAAGUUGACAGGGCUAGCGAGAGGUUCCUCCCGGGUAGCUAGUGUUCAAGAGCUGCCUUUGUGUAAUCACGCUUCCUCUGUGCAUGUGGGAAGUGAGGUGGGUGGGGGGCUGCGUUCCCUUGUGUAUGCCUGGACACCAGCAGCACUAGGGCCCAUUUGUGCAGGCCCACCCCAGCCCCAAAUAGCAGUCCAGCAGCUCUUCAGCCCCAAGGUAGAGGCCUGAAGAGCAAAGCAGGACCAUGAGCCCAAGAAUCCCUUACCCCACGCUGCAGGCUUGCUGGGAGGGUGGAAGACACAGAACAUUCCAGGCCUUUAUGGGUAACACGUCAAGUGACACCAAGCCCCUGCCCCAUGGCAUGGGCCUCCUUUUUCACAGGAGCCGCAGGCUCUCCCUCUGGACUCAGAAGCUGCCUGCACGCUGGAGGCAUUUUGCUUGUAGAUUCUUACUGUGGUUUUAGAGCUCACUCCAGCAUCCCAGAGCACGGUCUAGUAACCACACCUGAUGUGUUGGAAGUGGUUAUCCAAGGGGAGUUCAGAGCCAUCUUCUUGCGCUUCCCUUCUUCCAUUCCAGCUCUGUAUAUACCCUGCUCUAGAGUGCAGGGAAGGUGGGUUCUUAACAUACAAAGAUAUGCCAAGUUAGGACAUUUUGCCAUUGUCUCCAUUGCUGCGGGCAAGUCCAGCAAAGCCGGUUCCAGACUCCCAUGUGAAAUCUAUAGUGAGGGGUAGCUGCCAUCUCUUUAGGUUUUUGUAUCUUACCAGUGUAGGUACCACUAACAUGGUAGGUCACCAGGCAUGGGAGCACUCACACUUGCCAGCGUAGGAGGUAGGUGGCCCAGCUGAGAGGCCUCACGCUUUCCAGAAUUUUCCAGGUGUAGGGAGCAUAGCAGCUUGAGUCAAAUCUCAAUCUUCCCUACCAAGAAUGACAUUGCAAAAACCAGGUGGCAGGUUGGUGUCAUGAGCUACGGACUUAGCUGUGCCCAACUUGACUAGACGCUACAAUCAUCUCAGUUAAGACCUACCUGAAGCCUGAGUGGUUUCGAAUGAAAUGUUUUUAUACACCACCCUUUCCUCCCCUCCAGAGAGCAACCUGCUCCUUGUAGCUACCAUGUAAAUGUUGUUAUGAAUUAUAUUUAUAUGCCUAUGUUACACUUUAGUGACAGUAUUGGAAUAUUUGUAUGUGGUCCUCGUGAAAAGGUGUUUUGCAUCAGUAUGUUUUUUUAUAUGCAUAUGUUUUGUAAACAUGUUAAAUAAAGCCUUUCAAAUGA